AUGGCUGAAAGGCUGUUGCAACUGGAAAAUGAACACUAUGAUAUUAAUUAUGCUGUACGUCAGAAAGAUUUCGAAAUCAAUGAAUUAACUAUUUCAGUUAACGAUCUAAGGGGCAAAUUUGUAAAACCAACUCUUAAGAAGGUAUCCAAGACGGACACAAGGUUCAGUAAGCUGAAGAAGAAAGAUCAGAAGAAUUUUAUCGAUUUCCGCACCAACUUGAAAAAUGUUGAAAAUAAUAAAUUCACUCUAAAAGAGCCUUAUCCUACUGAUUCUUUAUCAUUCAAUCUUCUCGGUGUUUUGAGACCCAAACAUGUCUCAUGCAAUCACAUUUUUGAAUUCAUUAAAAAUGAAGUACAACUUGGAUAUGAUCAGAUUAUUCAGUGCAUGAAGUUGGAGGUAUCGGAGAAAUAA